AGAAGACUCAUUUGGUCAAGAUGCAGUUCUGGCCUGUUCUGCACUGAAGAAGAUGUACAGGCGUAUAUUAGUUAGUGGAGCAUCUGCAAUUGAAAGCAACCAGCCAGAGCAACCAGGAGAAAACACAGCACUGAAAAUCCUCUUUGUUCAUUUGCAUGGGCCUAUAGACAUCAUUGCUGCCCGCCUGGAGAAGAGGAGAGGACAUUUUAUGCCACCUGAACUUCUCCAGUCUCAGUUUGAUACUCUGGAGCCUCCUAGUGCACCAGAAAACUUCAUUACAGUCAGUCUAGAAAAGUCUCUCCCCAAAAUAGUGCAGGAGAUUGAGAGUGCCAUUUUGCAGGGUGAGACUUUUCUGGAGUAA